AUGUCUAAAACCCCCACAGAUGUAAUCUCACAGGCCUAUUGUCACCCAAAAGCUGCUGAGAGAUAUGUGGAAGUGACUGAGCUGUCCAUUCUGGUGACUGACUCAAACACCAUCCACAUUUGGUAUUUGCCAGAUGCUCUCAGCCCAAAAAGAAGGGCUGACAUAUGGAACUGCCUUCAUCUUCUGAGGGAACCACUGCAGGAGAGCAUAAAGGCUUCCCCACAGGCAUGGCAGAUGGACAAGUCAUAUUUCUGUGAUAAUGCUGAGUUGAAAGGUGCCAUCAAACUGUCACCUGCAUGGUUUCAACAGGGUCAUGGGCCCCAAAAUGGCUUCCUGGAAGCCUCAUGGCUGCUCAAAUCCAGGAUGGAAAACACUUCUACAAGGGAAUGGGUUGACCAAAUGUCUGACACCAAUGCCCUGUUAUCUGUGAUCCUGCAUGUCAUCCAUCUGCAAAUCAUGUCCAUGAUGGUGAAUCAGGCAACUUGUUACCACAGGGAUAUCAAUGGACAGGAUCCAUGGUAUGACAUGCUGGUAACUGUGGGCAACUACCUGCCCUUGGACUUUGUCAUUCCAACAUUGAAUCUGCAGCUGUGCUACAACCCAGGGAUGAUCAUUGCAUUUUCAGGUUCAGCAUUGGAGCAUGGGGUGGGAGCUGUAGAUGGUGACAGAGCAUGCCUGGCAUACUACAUGCAUGCCAAUACCAGUUGCAACUGGAGAACUGUUGAUUUGAAGCUGCAAAAUUUAAUGAUAUGCUGGCUCUUGAACUUCAGGUGCUUUGACAUCAUAGAUUGGGUGGGUACUCAGAGCUAA